AAACCUAAUACCCUAGAUGGGUCUUUUUUUCUUGAUUAGUUUUCUAACUUUAUUAAUCCCGUCUCUGUUUUCUGCAGUAUGUUUCAUUCAAUUACUGAUUUCAAACAAACAUUUUCUGUUGACAAAUCUGAUUGAUUGCUAUACAUAUAAACGUCAGUUUGUUUCAACAUAACUUUGAAAUAAAUUAAUGAGACCAAACGUUUCCUUUAUAAAAGCGGAAAGUUUGGGGCGAGCUUCAAAAUUGAGAUGGAAAUUAGUCGAAGAGCGCGUGCGUUUGAAAUGUUAACUUUUCACAUUUUUAUUUUGGAAGUUCUGCUCUGCCAAAUUUAUUUGAGCUAUGGUUGUUUGGAAAAAUCGAUGAAUGCAGCUAUUUCGGAUUUUUACAUAGUGCAAGGAAGUGGAGUAUAUCAUAAGUGCUGGACCGUAAAAAAUCCUUCAAAUAAUCAAUUUUACAUUCAACUCGAUGAAUUGAAAUUAAUGGACAAGCUUCUUUCCGAAGGCAACCUUACUUUAAAACUCGAAGAUGAGCGGGGGGUAAGGUACUGGCCUUACUGGUCUCGCUCAGUUUUGCAAGAGGUUAAAACUACAGCAACUCUUAUCCAGAUUGAUUUUACAGUAUUGGCUGGUAAUUUUCCAGAUGGGUACAACGCGAGUUUCAUUUUACGUUUGCAACAGAAAUAUAUCAAUUGUGUCGAUGGUGACAGUUUCCAUUGCUCCGGAGAUAUUUGUAUUCGGAAGGCUGGCGUAUGUGACGGGAUGAAAGAUUGUGAAGACGGAGCUGAUGAACUUGGAUGUGGCAUACGUACCGUACAAGGUGUUGCAGAUGCACUUGAUAAGGAGGUAACAUGGAUAAAAAGUAAACGCUCUUCUUCAUGGGGAUGGCGAGAGAGUACACCCAGAAUGAUCUCUGCGUUAUACCUAGCAGGAUAUGGCAGAUUUGAUGGUACACACCUAGAAGAAGAACUAAUGGCAAAACAAGCAAAGCUCUUAGCAUCUGUUGCCGUAUCGAAAAAUUCCUUGUCAAGCGAGUUUCUAAGUAUGCUUAUUAAUGGUUUAUUGAUAACUUGUCACAAUCCUCGUCAUUUUUUUGGACAAAAUUUGAUAGAACUCCUCAAGGAAGAAAUCGAAUCGUCAAACAACUUUACGCACCCCAUAACUUAUUUAAGCCAUUGCAAUGCAAAUCAGACCUGGCCACUUGAUGCUGAACAAGACCUGGAUAAAAUUCUGAGCAUCAAUAAUACUUUCUACGAGUUCUUUAAAGAUUAUCAAGCAAUUGCUGUGAUGGCUUUGUCUUGCUAUGAAAGUCAAAGAAUGUUUUUCAGUCAUAGUAAGAACGCAAAUAUAAAAACUAAGUAUAAAAAUACAUUACAACGUUUCAAGAAAAUGCAGCUUGCAGAUGGCAGUUUCGGGAAUUUUCAUACAACAUCUUUAAUAACUCAGCUUGUAGAAAGAAACCGAUUGCAGACUUGGAACUAG